CUAUAAAUUUCUGGCUCAAUCGACCAAACCCUACGACAAUCAUCAGCAUUUCCGCCCCCUGAUUGAACAAAUACAUGUGCAACAGUUUCAGCACAAUGGCUCUCCCCUCCCUCUUCCUCCUCCUCCUCCUGGUCUCUUCUCUCCAUGUCCUUACCACCGUCGCUAGAGCCACUCCCGAGUCCGACUCCCUCACCGGCGAGGUUAACUCAAUCUCUCCCAAAGCAUACCUUGUCAGUUACUGGAACAAACAAAUCACCAACAACCUCCCCAUACCACCGGUCCUCUUCUUCAAAGCGUCACCCCUGACCGCCGCAUCCGCGGCCAUCUUCACCCAACUCGUCGCUAAAGGCGCCAUCUCCGAUCACCUCCUAUCUUUCUGUGAGGAGGCAGAACUGCUUUGCUUCCUAAACUCAUCAUUCAAUGGUGUCGCAGUAACAGACACAGUCACCAACCACAGCAACGAGGAGCCUACCCAUAGUGUGAACGCCUUUAUAAAGUAUUACCGCGUUAAUGUCGAUACUACGGCGAAAACUGAUGACAAGAACGUAAAUAGGGGCAUGGAGCCAGGCCUGUACUUCCGAGAGUCAAUGCUGAAGAGCGGGAACGUGAUGUCGAUGCCCGAUCUUUGGGACAACAUGCCCAAAAGGUCAUUUUUGCCCCGCAGCAUAUCCUCCAAACUACCGUUCUCAACAUCAAAGCUCGCUGAGCUGAAGCAAAUAUUCCAUUUCGGUGAGAAUUCCACUGUGGAGAAGAUCAUGGCGCUCACACUAGGCCAGUGUGAGGUUGCAACGAUCCAAGGCAAAACCAAGAGGUGCGUGGCCUCUAUCGAGGACAUGAUUGACUUCGCCACCUCGAUAUUGGGUCAUGACAUCAUGGUCCGAUCCACGGAGGGCACUGGAGGCUCGAAGCAAGAGGUUUUAAUUGGGCUGAUCAAUAGGAUUGAGGAUGCCGAAGUGAGCAAGUCCAUCAUGGCGUGUCACCAGAAUCUAUUUCCUUACAUGGUCUAUUACUGUCAUUCGUUUCAAAAUGUCCGCGUUUACGAAGCGGACAUACUAGACCCCAAGUCCAAGGCAAAGAUCAACCGCGGCGUCGCCAUCUGUCAUAUGGACACAUCGACCUGGCGGUCUACCCAUGAGGCGUUCCUCGCGCUCGGGUCAGCUCCCGGCCAGAUCGAGGUCUGCCAUUGGACAUUUGAGAGCGGCAUGGUAUGGACAAUUGCCAAGUGAUAACGAAAGAACGAAGUGAGGUCAACACCGAAUAAAUAUGGUUUCGGCCUAGUGGUCAAGAGAGAACUUAGUCUCUAGCUCUCUCCAACCCAAGUCCUCAUAUGCCUUAUAUUAUCACCUAAUAUAGCAUCCGAAUCCGAUAUACACGACCAUGCGUCUGUGUUUGGCGUGUGAAAGUUGUCAUGGUCAGUAAAUCUCGAGCGUUUUAUGAUGUCUUUGUAUUCUCCUAACGCCUAUCUCUCAAUUUGCGCACAAUCCUCCAAAAACUUUCAUGAACUAUGGCCGAGGACCAAUGAGUCCACCACUCACGAGUGAGGAAGUAUUCUGACAACUUAGGAUUGAUGUGAGUCGUUGCCGAUGGGU